AUGGACUACGUCAAAGAAAAAACGGACAGUCUUGCCAUCAAAGUCGCCACGCUCGUCUUCAGAGGUGAUUUGUUCGGCAAUGUUGUGCCGCCUACCUUGAUCACAUUCACUAUCAUGAUCUUAACCGCAGUGACCGUGGUAGCAAUUGGCGCCAACUUUGGCGUUGUCCAACCCCGAAAUGCAUUAGAUCCUGUCAAGGGCCAUCCAUUAUACGAUGAUUCGGAUAUGGACAGGUUACCGUCUCCAGAGCUUGAGGUCAGCGAUUCCGGCAACGUGGCGAUGAUUUUCGUGCUUGCUUGUGCGUCUUUAACUAUCUUCUACCAGCUUAUCAAAAGUGGUCACGAAAAGGACCUCUCCUAUUGGCUGGCGGUAUUUUUCAGGUACUAUAAUGCCAAAUCAGCUCAGCAUUUCUACAGAAACCUUUUGAAAAUCGCGAAUAGAGUUACGCCUGUCAAAUUUUUGAGCAGAUUCCGUUUGACACUAUCGCUAGACCCCGAAGUGCACCCAACAGGACUCGAUAAUCUGAGGGCGUAUCCCCACACGUCAAUAUCGCAGGAGAGGUACGAGGCCAUGAAUGAAGAGGCCAAGACGGAUGUUGCUAAAAACGACCAGUUUCUCAACUUCUACUUCUCCAGCGCCGAGAUUUACGCGUUGAUAUUGGCCGCGUUACAGACGUGGCUAUUUUACAGAGUUGAUGGCCCCAACAACUGGCUGUUGUCGUCACUUAGUUCAUGUGCUGUUGCUGUUUACGGUGUCGGGAGCAUCAGUAUAUCUCGCUUCAAAUACGGAUUUCUGUUGCUUGUACUGUUGUUUGUAUACGACGUGUACUUUGUCUUCUUCUCUGAGGCAAUGGUGGCCGUUGCUACCCGAUUGGACGUUCCACUGAUGGUAGAAGUGCCAAUGAUGGUCGAUUACGAUGAGUCUGUACUGGACGGGUCCAAGCUACCGAAACCAUUCGUUCCGAAGUGGAUGAUAGGGCUUGGGGACAUGACCGUUCCAGGCAUUUUCAUCUCCCUGUGUCUCAGGUUUGACCUCUGGCUGUUCCACGAACGCAAUCCAAACACUCACUUCUAUAUGUCACAGAAGUUUCCCAAGCCGUACUACACGGCUGCCAUGACGGCGUACGCGCUCAGUCUUGGCAUCACUGUCACCAUGAUGACGGUGUUCGAACGCAGCCAGCCGGCUCUUCUGUACAUAUGCCCGAUGCUGAUGGCCUCUGUUGCCGGAUUGGCUCUGUUAAAAGGUGAGCUUGGGCAAUUGAUGAAUUACAACAGUGGGUUCCCAGAGACCAAGGAAGAGAAAUUCGAGUGGUCCGAAGAAACCAAGGCGCUUGUGGCCAAGGAUCUAAACGACGAGGAUCCGGACGAAGACUUGGAUUAUGUCGACACCGAGGUUGACGAGUUUGACGACGACGACGACAUCGAGCUGGAGAUCGAGCUCGAAGGUAAAGAUGCAAAGUGA